CCUUCUUCAUCUUGCCCUUUCUUCACUCUCAAGUAGCCUUCUUUUCUCUGCCGUCGUGGUUGUGGAUCACCAGAGUUACUCGACUGCAGUUUUAAACGAUGAGUUGCAAUGGAUGUCGAGUCCUACGAAAAGGAUGUAGUGAGAGUUGUAUUCUACGACCAUGUUUACAGUGGAUCCAAACUCCGGAAGCUCAGGCCCACGCCACCGUCUUCGUGGCCAAAUUCUUCGGCCGUUCUGGCUUGAUGACUUUUAUCUCCGCCGUUCCUGAUCAUCAACGUCAAUCUCUGUUUCAAUCGCUAUUGUUUGAAGCGGCUGGCCGGACUGUAAAUCCAGUGAACGGCGCCGUCGGGCUACUAUGGACAGGCAACUGGCACGUGUGUCAGGCGUCGGUUGAGACGAUCCUCCGAGGAGGUACGUUAAGGCCGAUCCCGGAGCUUCUGAACGGACAUCCAGCGAUGCUGGAUGUCGGUGAUUCAUCGGAAACAGACGUAACGUGUACUGACAUGUUCAAGCUUCAUGAUCAUGAUCAUGAUCCAAUCUCGUAUUCACGAUCGAAGGUACAGAAACGGCGGCGAGGAUGUGAGAUGCAAUCUAACAUGACCCAGUUACAGGAUCUUGAUCUGAGUUUAAACCAGAGUUUUCAUGAGGAAAAACGACUGCCGGAGAAUCAGCGACUGGGAAGCCCGUCGAUGAACUCCGAAGAUUCUGUGACUACGACGUGGUUGGAUGGUGCUUUACGAGAUUAUAAUUACAGUCCAGGAACAAGAGGAGAUGAAAACCUGCAAAUUUUGAAUUUAUUUAACUGAUUAACUCGAUGGAUACUAUUUUUAGUAUGAUAUACCGUAAUUUUGUUCUUAGCUUUCCCAUUUUGUUUCAUAGAAA